AUGAUAAAAAGAUAUAUAAGAACCAAAGUAAUUACGAGCUUGAGCAAAUAUAAAUGUUAUAAUAUAAAUAACGAUAAAACAGCAAAACAUUGGCCAAACCUUGAUUGUAUUGAUAAGGAGGAACAUAAUAUAAAUAAAAAAACGGAACGGGAUAAAAAGAAAACUAUACCAUACUAUAAAAACUAUAUGCAUGAUUUUUAUAAUAGACAAUUAAUGCAUAACUUACAUUUAUCAGAAAUGAAUAAAAUGAAUAAAUUAAGAAAUUUUAAAAUGCCCAAAAUACAUACUGGUGAUUUAAUUGAAGUUAAAUAUGAAUUAUCAAGAUCGCAGCAAACGUUUGCAAUAUUUCAAGGCUACUGCGUGGAAAUUAGGAAAAAAAGAUUAGAUUCUUCUUUUAUUGUUAAAAAUAUUUUUGAUGGGGUAGGUGUUGAACAGCUGAUUCCAUUUUAUUCACCAAGAAUAUUAUAUGUAAAGAUUGUUAAAAGUUUACAUAAUAUAAAUGAAGAAAAUAUGAAAAAAGUAUAUAAAAUUAAUAAACCAAUUACAAGAGAUUAUAGAUAUAUGUGGCAGUAUAAUUUUAGAGGGAAAUAUGAAAGACCCAGGGGACAACACAAACCAGGUAUUCGAUCCCUUGAACCUAAAAUUCGAAGACGACUAGCUAAAUUAAAAAAGAAGUAUAUGAGAAGAAGAAUUGAAAGUAAUUUGUCUUCUUAUAUAUUUGGUGGUAUAUAUGCCCAGUAUACUAGAAAAAGGACGAGGUUAGUACGAGCAGAAAUUUAUAGAAGAAUGCUUAUAUAUGCUUUAGAUGAAGAAAAUAGAAGAAAACAAAAAUUACAAAAAAGAAGGGAAAAAGAAAAAUGGGGUACUUUUAAAAUUAAUAGGAAUAAGGGGGAAAACGCAUUUAUGGCUUUACCUUCUAAUCAUCCGUUGAGUCAAAAAUAA